AUGUCCUCCAAGCUUUUUGUUGGCGGUCUCGCCUGGGCCACCACUGAUGACAGCCUCCGCGGUGCCUUUUCCGAAUUCGGCAAUGUGACUGAUGCUAUUGUCUUGAAGGACCGUGAGACCGGCCGCAGCCGUGGCUUCGGCUUCGUCACCUUGUCGUCUCCCGAUGAGGCAAACGCCGCUGUCGAUGCUAUGAACGAGCAGGAACUCGAUGGCCGCCGCAUCCGUGUCCAGGUCGCUACCGAGCGCCGGGGCUUCUAA